AUGAAGAGGGUCCACGUGGACAACUACACUCCGAAGUAUUAUAGUGGCAAGUGGUCCUGGAGUGCGGAGAAGGACUGUCUGGAAUUCGAGCCCCACAACGAUCUCGAGGACGCCAGGGAGCGCUAUAUCACCACCAAUGGCUACAAGUUUCUGCGCACCAUCGACCAGGAGGAGGAGCUCAUUUUCCGGCAGGCUUAUGUCCGGGAUCCUGGCACCUAUGACUUUGACACGCUGGUAAUCAACGAUGUUCGCGAUUUGGUUCUCUUCCUGAUGCCCAGCGAAUUCCUGACCUACCGCUUCGUGGAGUUCAUGCACCGCCCGGCGGUCCAUCGGCUCAUCCACGCCCUGAUCAUCUACUUCGAGUACUUCCUGCGGAUGGUGGAGUUCGUCCUGGUGCGACGCGACGAGCUGGCCGAUCAGAUCCAGAGCGAUCAGACCAUCGAGAUGAAGAAGAUCUUCUCCAUCUACCUCAGCCAGUACCGCCUGCUGGUGGCCCGCAACUACAGUGUGAUUCUGAAGGGCGAGGGCGACAUGGCCAACUACUAUCACCUGAAGGAGAUUGUCAAUAUCUCGGACACCAGUCGAGAUAGAAUCUUCCACGAGCAGUUCCUCGCCGUGACGACCCAGAUUGUCUGGAUCUCCAUGCAUCGGCGGGCGUACAAUGUCAUUGAAAUGGAGAUGAACCGGCUCUUUCGAUCCGAUCACUUUGUGAUGACCCGUCCGGAGUAUCUCAGCUUCACGCCGGCGGAGCGGAGUCUGUUGUACGGGAGGAACAACAAGCUGGUGAACUAUCGCACCCAAGUCUCGCCGCUGAUCCAGGAGUUGGAGCACGUGGCCGAGGAGGAUAUGCCGAUCCUCUGGAUUGGCGAGCGAAAGUAUAGGGGCACCGAUGUGCGCAUUGUCGAAAUGGAGCUGGAGUACAUUGUUCCGGGGCCUCAGCUGCGGAUGAUCGAUGUGGCCCAUGGCAUUUUGGGUCAUCCAAAGGCUCUGUACAACACCAUUUUGGACCUGGACUGGCCCACCGUUCGCUACUCGAACUUCUCGCUGGGCUACGAUCCGUAUCACAUUAUGCGCCAGCCGCACCUGGACAUUCCCCGGAUCGACGCCUUGAAGGUGCGCAAUAUGAGCGAGCACUACGAGCACUUCUACAAGGUGUACCGCAUCUACGAACCGCACAGCCUGCAGAUCCUGAACAAGUGGCUCAAGCGGGACAAGCUCGUCCAGUUCUACCGCUCCGGGGGACUGCUGCUCACCAAUGUGGUGUCCCGGUGCGAGAAGGAACUGGCCGAUAAGGUCCCGGUCACCAAGGUCGAUCAGGUCAUCUCGAACUACUUCAAGGUCAAGUCCAGACUGCGCAAGGGAUCUCCGUACGAGGCGGACAACAUCAGCAUCACGUCCUCGCGAUUCGGCGGCUUUAUGUCGCCGCGCCAGAAGAGAGCCGUCGCUCAGGAAUACUAUUUCGAGUGAUUCGCCAGAUUUCGAGGCAUGGGAAGGAGGUUUGGUUUUAAAAGACUACAAAAUUUAAAUUUCGUGAAUAAAACCAUUGCAGUUCUUUAAAUUGUGGUCUGAUUCUCGGCU